AUGAUGCUGUACAUAGGCCCCCUGUGCGACCUUUGGCCCGUCAAACGGUAUUCGUACGCUCAUAAGGACUUCGUUUACAUCGACGGGUUGCCUGGAAGCAAGUAUUUUCGGCCGGAUCAAGCUGGUUGGCAGGUGUCGAAGGACAAAGAGGCAAUGGUAUCCUGCAUCCGAGACGAUCUACGCACCGACAAUGCGCUUGUCUCUGAUGAAGAGCUUCCACACGACGUGCACGUCUUCAGAUUGCGGGGAGGGACCACUCUGACGUACUACUUCAACAGGAAGGACCACGACAUCCCUACCGAUCCAUUACUGAAGAAGAUUCUUCCUCAAGUGACGGCCAUCUACAUACACGGCCCGUUCCAGCCCGUUCUGCCACCCCUGCCUUCCUUGAAGAAGUGUUACUACACGGAGUUGUGCAGUGGCAUAGAGAUGCCAGAGACAGUUUCCACAAUCAUAAUCCCUGAGGUGGAGGCCUACUACGAGGACUCUUGCUACCGGAUACGCUGUGACUAUUGUUGGAAACAGCUCGAGCGCCUGGAGGUGUUGAAUGGCAGGUUCGUUGUCGACUUUGACCAUGUCUCUGAGGAAGUCAAGGGGUGGACAAAUCUGCAGGAUUUGAAACUGCGUUAUUGUGAAGCCCUGCCUUCGGGAAGCAGGUUCUGGACAAAUUUACGAUCUCUGAAGCUAGAAACGCUGACCGCUGCGGAACUGUCGGCUGAUGCGGCUGGAGAGUGGAAAGACCUUCAGGAGUUGGUGCUGAACUCUUGCCCGAUGCUGCAACGUCUCCCUAGAGGGGUCUCCUCUUGGAAGGGGAUUCAGCGAGUUGAAAUCCGCAGUGCACCUCUGUUAAGCGCUCUUCCAAGUGAGGUGCGCGCAUGGGUUGAUCUGCAAAAGCUCCUCCUGGGGUGGUGUCAGGGAAUAAUGGAGUUGCCACCUGCCGUGGGGUCCUGGAAGCGGUUGAAACAGAUCUCAUUAUGUGAUCUUAGCCUGUGUGAGCUCCCUGCAGCUGUAGGGGAGUGGAGGGCCUUGGUCUCUGCAACGAUAAGCAAUUGCAAGAGACUUGUUAGGCUGCCUUUGGAGGUGGCGGGAUGGAGUAAGCUGCGCAGCUUUACCCUGAGUGGCUGCGACAGCGUUCUCGAUCUUUCCGAAGGGGUCUCAGGGUGGACAGAGUUGCAGAAUCUGCAGUUACUUAGGUGUGCCGCCCUAGCGUCUCUUCCCAAGGGGGUCGGUAGCUGGAUCUCGCUGCGAGCCGCAAGCAUCUACCGGUGCAACCAGCUCAAAGGCCUGCCCGGGGGAACCCAGAAAUGGUCAGCCCUGGAAGACUUGACCUUGUCGGAGUGCUCAUCUCUGGGGACCCUGCAAGCUGGACAGCCAGCCAAAGGAGGACUUGCUUGUCUAAACGUUUCGCUGCGCCCUCCAACGAGGUCCCAAUCAUGGGAGUCUCUCACUCGCCUCAACCUCUACGACAUCGAGAUAGACCGCCUCCCUGAAUCGGUCGAGCGCUGCGUCCGGUUGCGAUCGGUGGAUGUUGAUCGUUGCCGCAAGCUUUGGGACUUGUCGGCUGGCGUCAAGGGGUGGAGGAACCUGGAGCAACUCAACAUAACACGCUGCGAGGGGCUACGAUCGCUGCCUGAAGGAGUCGGCCAAUGGAAGCAGCUGCAGGCGAUAAGUUUCAACAUGAGUCUGUCGAAUUUGGUUCUCCCAAAAGAGGUGGGGGCCUGGGUAAACCUCGAAAACGCAUACUUUGGCGGCUUGGUGGCGUUACCACAAAGCGCCGAUGGAUGGACCUCCCUCAAAAUCCUAAGCAUCAACGACCUGGAAGUUGAGACGCUUCCGGAGAGCGCAGUCGGGGCCUGGGAGAAAUUGACAACCCUCUAAUUCAACAGCUCAAAAUCGCUGCGGUUGCCAGAAACCGUAGGCUCUUGGGGCUGCUUGCGGGACCUCCAGCUUUCGUGUCCUCGCUUGAAUAGCCUCCCAGAAACCGUGGGGAAAUGGCGGGAUUUGGAGUGCGCAGAGCUAAGUGGUUGCACAGGGUUGAGGGCCUUACCUGAGACCGUAGGCUCUUGGCAUAGUCUCCGUGUGCUCUUUGUAGGGCAUUCUGAAGGAUGGGAGGCAUGCACUGCUUUGGAAGGUCUUCCCGAGUCAGUCAGGGAAUGGACGAAUUUGACGGAUGUUAGCUUGAAAGGCUGUACGGGGAUCAAAUGUUUGCCCAGUGGUAUAGGAGACUGGUGCAAAAUAUCCGCUGUUAAUCUAGCCGGCUGUAGUGCUCUGCUAGAGCUGCCUGAGUCCAUUAUAAACUGGCCGCUUCACGACUCCGGUUUCACCAGGCGGCUCAAAGCAGGUUGCGGCGAAGCCCUAGUCAGGUCGAUCGAGCAAUACGAAGAGCGAAGGCUUCUUGCAAGGAAGCCGUAGACGCUUACAUACUUUAGGUCAAUGGUCUACGUAAGGAACUGCUAGGUAACUCUUACUUGUGAGUCAUAGUUAGUGUAUCUUGAGCGAACUACGUACAAAGAGUGGCACUUCUUUACUAUGGAUGCGGUGUGUAGGUAUAUGCCCGUCUCUUUAGCCACUUUACACUUAUGGCAUACAUCUUAUGUCCGGUUUCAGAUCUUGCAGUUUCACCUUUUAACGCCAGAUCAGCCAGCCAGGCCUCAAUAAUAAUCGGACCAUUGGCCGGAAUUACUUGAAACACUUUCAGUUGACACAUGGCGG